AUGUUUAAACAAUCUGGUUCAAAAAAAUUAAAACUUGAUAUUGAUGACAAAAAUGAUGUUGAACAACAAAACGUCACGGAGGAGGAAGACGACGAUUAUAUGUCAGAUGCUCAUCUAGCAGUGGCAGAUAAAUUGGCAGGUCCACAAUCGUUAAAUCAUAAACGUUUACUUCCAACAAACCAACGAUCAGAAUCUGUUCAGAAACAAGAAAAACCACGCCGUUUGUUAGAACAAGAACAACGUGAACAAGGUUUAACAACAGCGAUUACAAACGACAAUAAAGGUUUUCAGUUACUGAAAAAAAUGGGCUAUCGUGAAGGAACAAAACUGGGACGAGAAACAGAGCAGAAAGGGGGAUUAAUUGAACCAUUGACGAUUAAAAUUCAUACGUCACGAACCGGUUUAGGACAAGAAACAAAAGAAAAAGAAAUAGUACAAAAACGUCAAGAAAAUGUAAUUAAACGUGAAAAUAAUAUUAAACACAUACAAUCAACAUUUCAAGAUCGAAUGAAACAAAAAUUUCAUAAUAAACGACUACAAAUCGAUAUCAACAAAUGUCAAACGAUAUGUGAAAGAUUAGAUAAAGAGAUAGGACUAACUGAAAAUAUAUUAUGGAAAAAACAACUAGAUGAAAUCAUUGUCGAUAAUGAGGUGGCAGAUGACGGUGAUGAGAGCGAAGAACAAUUUGAUUUAUUAGAUUUGGAAUGUCAAUUAGAAAGACUAACAUCUUAUUUGCGUGAGAAACAUUUCUACUGUCUUUGGUGUGGAGUUAUGUUUUCAGACGAAGAAGAGUUGGAACAAUUAUGUCCAGGAGAUAAUGCCGAUGCACAUUAG